AUGAUUAUUAUAGACGGUAUUAAAUAUGCAUGUGAGAGUUGUAUUAGAGGUCAUCGUGCGACAAAGUGCACACAUUCAGAUAGGAAGCUUGUGCCUGUGAAAAAACAGGGAAGACCUUCUACAACAUGUCAUCAUUGUAAAUCAUUAAGGGAGGAAAAAAACAUCAAUCCUUCAGGAAGUUGUAAAUGUGCAAAGAUAGAAAAGGAAGGUGGGUUAUUUGAAAUAGAUGACACUAUAGGAGAUAGGUGUUUCUGCGUCAUAGGUCAUGAAUGCACUUGUCAUUCAAAAAGAAAAAAAUCCAACAUAUUAACCAAUCAGGAGGGUAGAAAAUAUCUGACAAAUAUUAACAAUUCUCCUUUCUAUACACCGCUAUCAACACCAUCUUCCAUAAUUGAUGAACCAUUUUCUGAAGAUGUUUUUAAUGUAAAGGAAGACCAAACACUGUCAUGUUGUAUGCCAUCAAUUGAAAAUGUAAAAAUAAGCCUUGAUCCUGAACCCAAUCUCCCCACUAUUGCUGAUGGUACAACAUUGCUAGAUCAGCUUAUUCCUGAUUGUUGUUCAUCAAGGCCUAUAGUUUCAAAUUCAGAUAUACCACUGUCGUCACAUCAAGCAAAUAUGGAGACAACAACUUUUAAUUCUAAAAAAAAAAGCAAAUGUUGUCAAAACUCUUCAUGCCAAUCUAAUAACACUGAUACAUUGAACUUUUUAAAUGACACUUUCUUAGACAAAAUGUUCAACUCCACAGCUUUAACAAAUCAAUUUAUUGAAAAUGAGUAA